UCUUGCGAGAGUUCACACAAAAUGAUCCGCCAAGUUUGUCUUAUUACUCUUCUCUUCGUUGCUGGAGUCUUCUCCAGGAGCGUGAUCGAGGAGGAUCUUCCUGAGAAUGACUGGGCUGCCAAUUGGGAGGGCUUCAUUGUUGGUGGUCAGAAUGCCGCUGCUGGACAAUUCCCCCAUGUUGUCUCCUUGAGAUCAACUGGAAAUGCUCACUUCUGCGGUGCCUUCAUCGUUAACAACCGCUGGGUUGUUUCAGCUGCUCACUGCACCAUCAACCGCACACCUGCCAAUACAUGGAUCAUUGUUGGUGCUCUUACGCUCAAUGCUGGUGGAACCAACGUCUUCACCAGCCGCAUUGAGAACCACCCCAACUAUUCUGGUGUCACCCUUGCCAAUGAUGUGUGUGCUCUUCAGACCACAAACACCAUCACCUUCUCUGCCAAUGUUCAAGCUCUGCAAAUGGGAUCUGUACACAUUGGUGGCGGACAACAGGCUACAGCUGCUGGAUGGGGACGUGUUGGAGCUAACUUGCCCCUUGCUAACCACCUUCAGUGGCUCAAUGUUCAAACCAUCACCAACGAUGACUGCCGCAGCCGUCACAAUGCCAUCAAUGCUCUCCGUGUUCACGACAACACCAUCUGCACAUUCACACGCCAGGGUGAAGGUAUGUGCAACGGCGACUCCGGAUCAGCUCUCUUCAUUGGUAACAGCGCCAUUGGUAUUGUCUCCUGGGGUAUCCCAUGCGCUCAGGGCUUCCCUGAUAACUUUGCUCGUGUGUCUUCUCACCGCAACUGGCUCAUCGGCCACACCGGAUAAGCGCCACAAACGAUCAUCCUUUCCAAGCUCCCUAAUGAAAAUAUUUUAAAAUAAAAAUUCUAUAGCAUAAA